AUGUAUACCUGGGAAGAGCAUUAUGUUCCUCAGGUGCUUACCGUGUGGCGGCCAAGAGGAUGUGCUAGUCAGCCCAACAUAAAAAGUGCAGCUACUCUGACGCACUGAUAAGGUUUUCUUAAAGAAGCAAAGCAACAAGGACUCUUCAGUGCAAGGACGACACCACUGGCCCAUCUGGAGCCCAUCUGGGAAAACUCUCUGGGACUUCAAGGAGGUAAAAGCCGGUGCAGCAGGAUGACCAUGGUCAGGGAGCUUCUCCAGGCUAGAAACUUGCUGCUGGUGCUCCUAAUUCCACUCCUGUUGCUUCCUCUGCCACUCUUGUACCCCACUAGCGAAGCGUCGUGCGCUUAUGUGCUGAUCGUGACAGCGGUGUACUGGGUUUCGGAAGCAGUGCCCCUCGGGGCAGCAGCUCUUGUUCCUGCUUUCCUCUACCCACUGUUUGGAGUCAUGAAGUCCAGCGAGGUGGCUGCAGAAUACAUCAAGAACACCACUUUGUUGCUCAUGGGGGUAAUUUGUGUGGCAGCCUCUGUGGAAAAGUGGAAUCUGCACAAGCGGAUCGCCUUGCGUAUGGUUAUGAUGGCUGGAGCAAAACCGGGCAUGCUGCUCCUUUGCUUUAUGUGCUGCACCACUGUCAUAUCCAUGUGGCUUUCCAACACAUCCACGGCAGCCAUGGUGAUGCCUAUUGUAGAAGCUGUGCUGCAGGAACUAGUCAAUACUGAGGAGGAUUGUGAGUCGAAUGGUACCCCGGGCAACAUCAUCCUGGAAGAGAGAGAGACAAUAGGUCUCGGUGACAAACAUGGGCAAGCAUCACUGGAGCUCAUUUUCAUCAACGAGGAUGCUACAACAGCUGACUUCAGCUCCCUGGUGCAUUCAAAGAACAUGAAUGGGGUGCACAUGAUAGCCAACACAAUUGGAACAGUGAGUUCCAAAACCAAUGGGCAGCAUCUACCCCAGGCUCAGAUCCUUGUUCUGCCACCUCAGCCUCAAAAUGUGGACCUCCAUGGGAAACACCGCUACCCAUCUAAGCAUGACCAUAUGGUUUGCAAGUGCCUUACACUGAGCGUCUCCUAUGCGGCAACAAUUGGGGGACUCACAACCAUCAUAGGCACCUCCACGAACCUCAUCUUCCUAGAGUAUUUCAACAACCAUUACCCUAAUGCUGAUGUGGUGAACUUUGGAACCUGGUUCUUGUUCAGCUUUCCCAUCUCUCUCAUCAUGUUGGUGCUGACCUGGUUUUGGAUGCACUGGCUCUUCCUGGGGUGCAAUUUUAAAGAGACAUGCUCAAUAAGCAAGAAGAGAAAAACCAAACGGGAAGAAAUGUCUGAGAAGCGAAUCCAAGAAGAAUAUGAGAAACUGGGAACAAUUAGCUAUCCUGAAAUGGUGACGGCAUUCUUUUUCAUCUUGAUGACAUUGCUGUGGUUUACACGGGAGCCUGGAUUUGUGCCUGGCUGGUCAUCAUUCUUUGAAAAGAAAGGCUACCGGACGGAUGCCACGGUCUCUGUCUUCCUUGGCUUCCUCCUCUUCUUGAUUCCAGCGAAGAAACCCUGUUUUGGAAAGAAGGCGGAAGGAGAUGUUGCAAAUUCUACAGACAGCAGCUCAAGGGGACCCAUCAUCACCUGGAAAGACUUUGAGAAAACAAUGCCAUGGGAGAUUGUUGUUCUGGUGGGAGGAGGCUACGCUUUAGCAGCUGGAUGCAAGACCUCCGGCCUUUCCACCUGGAUUGGGCGGCAGAUGCUGUCCCUGAGCAGUCUCCCCUCUUGGGCUGUCAGUCUGCUGGCCUGCCUCCUGGUCUCCAUAGUAACGGAGUUCGUCAGUAACCCAGCAACCAUAACGAUCUUCCUACCUAUUUUAUGCAGUAUGUCAGAAACUCUGCAAAUCAACCCUCUGUACACCCUGAUCCCCGUCACCAUGUGCAUCUCUUUUGCGGUGAUGCUCCCCGUAGGCAACCCUCCAAAUGCCAUUGUCUUCAACUAUGGGCACUGCCGGAUCAAAGAUAUGAUCAAAGCUGGCUUUGGUGUUAACCUGAUUGGUCUAGUGGUUGUCACGGUGGCAAUUAAUACUUGGGGGAUCAGACUCUUCCAGCUGAAUGUGUUUCCAGACUGGGCAGCUGUCAGCAACGCCACUGGCCUGUUAUAGUCACCGGUGGCAGGAUUUGCCAAACUGCAGCAACAUCUUUGCACAUACAUUAAGAAAGGAAGACUUGAGUGUAUAUUAUUCUGCUAACCAGAACUCGACC